UGCACACUCUUCCCCUCUGCCACAGGCACCUGGCACACACUACAGAAAAAACACAGCGCCACAUCAAGUUAGAAAACACCAGCGCAAUAUUUAAGGAAUGCCCGACAAGCCAACGAUGCCGAAAGUGAAAAAAUCCAAAGGCGGCGGCGGCGGAGGAGGAGAGACGAGCGGAGGAGCGAUGGCGCUGGCUGACCAGAUCCUGCAGGCGGACACGAUGCGAGCCCGAGGCCGGGUGAAGAGCAAGGAUAGUCGGGCGGAAAGCGAGGACAACUACGUAGACGAGCGUCUGUCUCGGAAGAUCUUACAACAGGCACGAAUUCAGCAAGAUGAGCUUCAGACCGAAUAUGGCCUGGUACCAGAGAAGAAGAAGACACCAGUCACUGUUCUCGGGCCUGACACUCAGGAUGCAGACUCCGAUGAGGAGUGGCCAGCACUGGGAACGUCGGGUGCUGAGGACGACGAUGCUGUGUGUGACACCGAAGUCGUCGUUGACCCUGCCGAUGAGACGGCCAUGGAGAUGUUCAUGAAUAAAAAUCCGCCAAUGAGACGGACCUUAGCUGAUAUCAUCAUGGAGAAGAUUACAGAGAAGCAGACUGAGGUAGGGACGGUGAUGUCGGAGGUGUCUGGGCGUCCAAUGCCCCAACUUGACCCAAGGGUAAUAGAAGUGUACAAAGGGGUCAAUAAGGUUCUGUCUAAAUAUCGCAGCGGUAAAUUGCCAAAGGCUUUUAAAAUAGUCCCAGCACUUUCAAACUGGGAGCAGAUUCUUUAUUUGACUGAGCCUGAGACUUGGACAGCAGCUGCCAUGUACCAAGCAACAAGAAUCUUCUCAUCCAAUCUGAAAGAGCGAAUGGCUCAGAGGUUUUACAACUUGGUGCUGCUGCCCCGAGUACGGGAUGAUAUUGCAGAGUACAAGAAACUCAACUUCCAUCUCUACAGUGCUCUGAAGAAGGCCUUGUUCAAACCAGGAGCGUGGUUUUCAGGUAUACUGAUUCCUCUGUGUGAAUCUGGGACAUGUACUCUGAGGGAAGCCAUCAUCAUCGGAAGCAUACUCACAAAGUGCUCAAUCCCUGUGCUCCACUCCAGCGCUGCAAUGCUUAAGUUGGCAGAGAUGGAGUACAACGGUGCCAACAGCAUUUUCCUGCGCAUCUCUGACAAGAAAUACGCCCUGCCUUUCCGUGUCCUAGAUGCCUUGGUGGCCCACUUCCUGUCCUUCCGCAAUGAAAAACGUGUGCUUCCUGUGCUGUGGCAUCAGAGUUUACUCACACUGGCUCAGCGCUACAAGGCCGACCUGUCUUCCGAACAAAAGACGGCACUGCUGGAGCUGCUCAAGAUACAAACGCACCCUCCGAUCUCUGCAGAGAUUCGCAGAGAAUUGCAAAAUUGGUCGAGGGAUCUUGAAAUUGGGCUCCCUGUACUGUUGAGAUGGACUGAGGAAAAACUUCUUUAUUCUUCUUGACCCUGAAAGACAGUUUAAAAGAUGGCAGUGUCUCAAGAGCCGUAAUUAUGUCCCCCUUGGAUAAAUGUGCACAUUUAAAAAUCAGUUGUGAUGAAAUUUCACAUCAGGAAUUGCUUGGCAAUACAAAGACUGAUUUGUGUUUGUUUGAUUAUAGCAAUGUUGUUGUUUUGAAGCAAUGAUUUUUGUUAUACAAAUUGAGUCCAUUAAAAGGUGGUCAGGGA